CGAAAAGAGUAAAGUAGAAGUUCAUUAUUUCAAGUCUCAACAAAAACUGGCCUUACUUUGGAGAAAAUUUUGGAUCUGAAACAGAGAGAGAGAACGAGAGUAUGAAUCGCCACCACGAUCCAAAUCCUUUCGAUGAAGAAGAAGUCAAUCCAUUUUCGAAUGGUGGUGGUGUUGCUCCUGCACGACCGCUUGCAUCUGAACCUCGGGGUUUUGGGCAGAAACAUGAUGCUACUGUAGAUAUACCUCUGGAUACAAUGAACGAUUCCAAGAAAAGAGAAAAGGAACUUGCAACUUGGGAAGCUGAUCUCAAAAGAAGGGAAAAGGAUAUAAAGCGAAGGGAAGCUGCCGUUUCACAAACUGGUGUUUCCACAGAUAAUAAAAACUGGCCACCAAUUUUCCCAAUUAUACAUCAUGAUAUAGCUAAUGAGAUACCAGUUCAUGCUCAGAGGCUGCAAUAUCUUGCAUUUGCAAGUUGGCUUGGCGUAGUUCUUUGCCUUGUUUUUAAUGUUAUUGCGGUGAUUGUUUGUUGGAUUCAAGGUGGUGGUGUUAAAAUUUUUUUCCUUGCUGUAAUCUACAUGUUGCUUGGAUGCCCUCUUUCAUAUGUGUUGUGGUACAGACCUCUCUACCGAGGAAUGAGGACAGAUAGUGCCUUGAAUUUUGGUUGGUUUUUCAUGUUCUACUUGCUCCACCUUGGGUUUUGCAUUUUUGCUGCAAUUGCUCCUCCUGUUGUCUUUCAUGGGAAAUCAUUAACUGGUAUCCUGGCGGCAAUUGAUUUAUCGGAUGAUAUGAUAGCAGGGAAUUUAUUUGUGUUUUACAGAUUUCUACUUGUUGGUUUUGGACUGUUUUGCUUGGAGUCCCUGCUGAGCUUGUGGGUUAUUCAGAAAAUUUACUUGUACUUUAGGGGGCACAAGUAAAGAUAUUAAAGCGAGGCUGUGCUGUGGUCGUAUUUGGUGGGGGGCACAAAGUAAAGAGAUACAAAAAUGCGGCUAUGCUGUGGUCAUAUCUGGAUGUUUGUUGACGGUGCUUCUCUCCAUCUAAUUGGUUUUUUAUAUAUAAAUAGUAUACCUUGUUAUUGUAUGUCGUUUUAUGAUUGUGGAAUGGAUUGAUACAAUAACGGUUUGUAUGUCAUUACAACUGUGUAGUUCGACGAAAUCAUAGUUCUUACUGGCUUUUGAGAGUUGGAAGAGGGUUCAAGUAAUUUCGAAUU